GAGAGAGAGAGAGAGAGAGAGAGAGAGAGAGAGAGAGCAUCAUGGCUUUCUUCAAGUCCUUUUCUAACAAAGCUAUUGCCAUCGUGAUUUUGAUGAUGAUGAUGAUGAUGGGCAUGACUGUGUUCGCAAACGCCGAAACACCAGCAUCUGAUGCUUCUGUUUCACAUUGGACGAAGCACCAUCACCCUCGUCGUCAUCAUCCUCAUCAUCGACAUCAUCAUCACCAUCGUCAUCGUCAUCCUCACCACCACCACCGCCACCACCACCACCAUUGUUGCCCUUGUACUGGAAGUGAUGACAGAGCCGAUAAGCCUCCGAGACUGUUAUUGAGUUGGUAUUCAGAUUGUUGUCCUUGUAACUCCUCUCCAUCAACAUCAUCAUCACCGGCACCAUCACCGUCUCCAAAACCUAUGCCACCAAUUGGACGUGUGCCCGCUGCAACGCCACGGUCGCCGAUGCCGUCUGAACCUCCGUCGAAGGGACGCCGUGCACCUUCACCAUCACCAGUGUCACAUAUUCCUCCUUCACCUACAGGAGUUGCACCUGCACCCUCGCCACGGUCAACGAUCUCCUCUCCCCCGUCCGGUGCCCCGUCUCCUUUGAGAAAGCCAUCUUAUGCACCUACUCCAUCUCCGCUGUCGUCGAUCUCUCCACCCCCCUCCGUAGCUCCUUCUCCAUCACCACGGCCAUCGAUUCCUCCUCCAUACAUCGCCCCUUCUCCAUCAGACCCCUCACCCUCUCCCACUCCUAUAUCACCGUCCGCUCCGUCAGGACGGUCGGAUAUUUCACCUGCCCCUUUUCCGUCCCCGCCAAAACCGGAGAAGCCGCCAAAGUCUGUUGGAUUUGAAGUUGGAUUUGAUAUCCAUCCACCACCAUUGCCCGAGACUAAAGAGGACCCGUCCCCUGUUUCGUCUCCGUCGAAGAGUCCGACCUCCAGCCCUCCGUCACCUGCCACUCUUCGGCCGGAGGCUCCGAUGACGUCUCAGGGUGCUCAGACCGAUGCUCUUUCUUCAACCCUUGGAGUUUUAUGGCUUUUGGUUAUCUGGUGUCUUUAUUAG